AGUGAUAAAAUGGUAAAUGACGCACAAGUACAGUCGCCACCAGAUUUGGUUGUGCGUGAAGAUAUUAACCGCACAAGCGUCGCGUGCAAUGUAAAUAGGAGUGUCAAAAUAUUAGAAUACAAGGGACUGCUAUGGUCAUGUGGUCUCCGACAGAUUUGUUUAACUGCCCUCUGGCUUCCACUUGGUGCUUUAAUAUUUUGUUACGUGACAGCGUCAAUAUUUCAAGCAGAUGACAUACACGAAACACAUUGUAGGGUAUACAAUGUAGUGCCGUCAAUAAGUGCGAUUACGGGUAUAAGCCCACAAAGGUACGUGUGGCGGAUAUGUGUUGCGUUCCACUUAGGACCAAGGUUGUUAAUAGGUUCCUUAUACUACAACUAUCACAAAGAACGCACCUCUCAUAUCGUCGAGGAAAAGUCUCGAGUACUAGCGACGAAAUUAGGUGAAGCUUGCUAUUGGCUCAAUUUUAUAGAGUUAUUCGCGUUGACUGGAGUGACUUAUGUAUCCAACAGAGAAAAUUAUUUCGUACAUGAGAAAAUCUUCAUAGUGUUCAUGAUAACCGCCCUGCUGCAUAUGCUAUGCCGGGCACGUGUGGGGGGCAUCGCCAGCGACAUAGUAGAACCGGUGAGGACCAACAAACUUGUGUGGAUUCUAUUCUACGUGGCCAUAGCAGCCACUGUCGGUCUUAUCAUAUUUUUCCUCAGACAUCGACUGCUCUGUAGACCUUUAGCGUUCACAUGGUUCUCGGUAUGCGAGUACAUUCUGGCGACUGCGAACAUGGCGUUCCAUGCGCUGGUAGUGCGUGAUCUUCCACUGCAUCAACUACAAGUUAUGUGUCCCACGCAUAGCAAGACAAACUAACAAUGUUAAGCUAUUUGAAGACUCA